AUGUCGCACGUCAUCCCCGCCUCCUUGUUUGCAGGCGGCCUGGUCCUGGGUGUAUCGGGUGCGCUCCUCCUGCAGCGCUCGCCGGCCCCUGUCCCCGUCGCCGCGCAGCCCGCCGCGCAGCAGGCUCCAUCUCCCGGUCCGCCCUCGAUCUCGAAGCCAGCCACCGUCGUCGACGCCGGCCCCUCGUCGGCGUCUUCUCUGGCUGUGUCGAACUCGCAGCUGGGACCGGCGAGCUACCCGGGCCCCGUCUCGGACUUCCUCCAGCACGCCGCCUACGUCUCGGGAUACGACCGUCGUCUGCGCCACCCGGCCUGGACCGCCGAACACCUCACCGCCGCUUCCAUCAAGCGUCCACCCAGCCCUCCCGGCGGAUCGGGCCAGAAUGUCGACAGGGCGCUCAGCGUGUUCAGAGAGGACGAGAGGAUCCCCGAAAUGUUCCGCGCAAGGAUGGUCGACUACCUCCGCAGCGGCUACGACCGAGGCCACAUGGUGCCCGCUGCCGACGCCAAGAGCUCGCAGGUGGCCAUGAAUGAGACCUUCUUCCUGACCAAUAUCGCGCCGCAGGUCGGAGCGGGCAUGAACCGAGACUACUGGGCCCACACCGAGGACUUUGUUCGCCGCUUGACGGCCAGGUUCGCCGACCUGUACGUCUUUACCAUCCCGCUCUACCUCCCGCGGCAGAGCAGCGAUGGCAAGUGGCGCGUGACGUACGAGGUGAUUGGCAACCCGCCCAACGUAUCGGUGCCCACGCACUUUGCCAAGGUGAUCCUGGGCGUUGGCGCGGCGUCGUCAAACGACCGCAAGCUGGCGCCGCCGCCUGCGCCAUCGUCGGGCGGGCUGACGUCCAAGGUGGGCUUCGCCACGCACGACUCGCAUAUGCUGGCGCUGGGUGCGUUUGUGAUGCCCAACUCGGUCAUCCCCAACGAGGCGCCCCUCGAGAGCUUUGCUGUUCCCGUCGAGACAGUGGAGCGCGCAGCGGGGCUGACGCUCUUCCCGCCGGCCAUCAAGUCGGCGGCCAAGCGGCUGUGCGAUACGGUCAAGUGCCAGAUUAUCGUGAGGGAGUUUGGCGACAAGUCCAAGUCGCUGUCGGCGCCCGCGCCCGCUCCUGGCGCCGUGCCGGUGAGGAGCCAGACCAUGUAG